AUGCAGCGCUUUCCGGGGAGACUAUUUACCUCUGCGUCUUUGACGAGCAGGGGGUGCAGGCCUCUCACUGGCAUCUGCAGCAGAUGCACCGGCAGCACACAUCUCAUUCGAGGGAGAUCCGUAAGUUCCAGCUCGGCAGAGUCGCAUACGGAGGACGAAGACUACGACUUUGGAUACUAUGAUGUGAUCUUGCCUCACGAGCCUUAUGUCUGGGGCGUCUCGCACAUUCGUCCGCGUACUGUGCCUCCGCAUAUUACUCGGCCAAGUUACGCACUCGAUGGCCAAAACGUACCCUCCAACAGUCAUUCUCCUCAUUUGAGACUGCUUGAACCAGGUGGCGAGAACGAAGCUCGACUUCGAUCAGCUGCGGCACUAGCGAGCAAGGUGUUGCGCUACGCAGGCAGCUUGGUCAAAAUUGGCGUGACGACCGAGGAAAUCGACACCAAAAUUCACGAGAUGAUCCUUUCGCAUUCCGCAUACCCGUCGCCUCUUCUCUACAAGGGGUUUCCCAAGUCUUGCUGCACAAGUGUGAACAACAUUAUCACUCACGGAAUACCAGACGAGUUUAACGGAGACAUCGUAAAUAUUGAUGUCACCGUGUACAAGGAUGGGUUCCACGGAGACACCUCGCGCACAUUUUUCGUGGGGGACGUUGACGAGAAAGGUCGCCAGCUCGUCAGAGUCACCGAGGAGGCUUUGGAAGUAGGGAUUGCAGCGUGUGGACCGAGGCGCCCCUUCAAGUCCAUCGGAAAGGCCAUCUUCGAGCUCAUCCGGCACCAGCCCUACUCUGUCUCUACGCAAUUCACCGGGCACGGAAUCGGUCGCGAGUUCCAUCGCGAGCCUUGGAUUCUACAUCAUUUGAAUGAUGAACCCGGUAUCAUGUUGCCCGGUGAUUGCUUCACAAUAGAGCCUUGCAUUAUCCAAGGAAAUAAUCCCAGUGGAUGGAUAUUCCCGGAUGGCUGGACGGUAUCUACAGAGAAUUGUGCACGCAGCGCGCAAGCAGAGCACAUGGUGUUGAUCACCGACACCGGUGCCGAGGUGCUUACUCGGGGCAAACGCUGA